AUGGACACAAUAUUGGUGUUUAGUUUACUGUUUAUAUACUACAGCCUCAGCCCAAAAGACCUCAGAGAUUAUGACUGUCGUGUGGAAAAUUCUUCAGAAGUACUGUCUGAAAGCACAAGAAGCAUGAGCAUCUUACUGCAAGAGUCUGAAAAGACAGUGGCAAAAGGGGAGCUAAGGAGAAACCAUACUGUCGCCACUUUGCAAUGCUCUGGUCUGCACAGCUCCAUACAAGUAAAUCUUCUUUACUCAGAGAAGAUGUACGGUGUUUUCACAAACAAGCCAAACGUUAAAUACACCCUCCAAAGCCUGAAAGUCAUCACUGAUCCAGAUGAGAGUGUUUCUACUGCCCACAGCUGUCUCUUAUUAACAGAUCAUAAACAAAGUUUUCAGACUGAAUUUAACCUUACAGGCAAAGUGUUUCUGGUGGGGAUAUCAAAUUGCAUUAUUAAUGCAAAGCUGUCUGAGCCUGAAAUUUUUGCAGAGCAAGUGCACUCCACAGCGAUACACCAACAGAACAGCAGCUCAGGUAUAGGUGAAGGCAUGCUGCUCAGACUAACACAAAGACAAAGCAUCUACGUCAAAGCAGUAAUCAUCUGUGUCCUGCUACCCUGUGCACUAGCCUUCAUUGUGUUUGUUAUAUUUGAAGUUCCCUUCCCGAGUGUCCAUGCCCUGGUUGGAGCCAGCAAAGCAACUGUAUUCAGAAAUGUAAAAGACAAGGAGAAGAACGCACAGAAAACCCAAAUUCUGUAUCAUCGGAAGAAUCUGUCACGAUCAUCAACCUCCCUUGAAAAUUCUACAGAUCCAUGCAGUAUACAAGACCUUCAGGCCAACUGUAACAAAGUGACAUUAAAGUUCCAGAAAUGUAGUCCAGGUUAUGGAUUCAAGGUGCAAAAGCUGUAG